AUUCUAACGACGGGGUGCCCAAAGAAAACUUCCCAAGCAUGCUUUAUGAUAAUGAAGUUCCAUUAAAUUUAUUAUGUGACGUAUCAGGUUUUACACCGACCUUACAAUCAGCAUUUACUGCUAAUCAGCUAAAUGAUUCUCCCACCACCUCUACCGAUAUAGCAUUAUCCGAUAACAUGUUUAAUUCAAGUUAUUUGGAAUUUGAAGAAAACCAAUUUGCGCCAAUAAUGCGUGGACAAAAAAUGAAUUCUUUACAUUUUAUUCCUUACGAUGUUAAUCCUGCUAACAGAAGCAUUCGUAAAAAGUCUAAAACAAAGAUCAAGAAACCCCAAAAGCCCUCUAAUUGCUUCAUUAUUUACAGGAAUGAAAAAUUACCAGAAGUCAUGAAGAAAUAUCCUAACAUCACCCAAGGCAAAGCUUCUAAAAUAAUUGGUGAAAUGUGGUCUAUUGAAUUGUCAGAAGAACGUUUAAAUUUUGAAAAUAAAGCUAAAGAGGCUAAUAUCCACCAACAAAAACCUAAAGGAAUAUA